AUGGUUCAUUCUGGAUUUGGAGGGUACCUUGUUGCAAUUUCGCCGUACUCAAAAGCAGAACUCGAUGAAGCAGCUGAAGAGGUGAAAGUCCGAGAAAACAUAGGGAAGGCAAAAGAAGCAUCCAAAACCGAUGAUGAAGUUGUACAAAGGUUAUUACACCGUCCUAACAUUUUAUUAAGUUACAGAAGUGAAUUCCACUACUUUUUUUUUAAUGAGGCUUCAUGGUCUUCUGACAUUACACAGAGCUUUUAAUU